CUGUCGGUAAUAAGUAAAUCCCGAAUAACAAACUGAAUUGUUUUGAAGAGACGCAAAUUUGUGCUUAAUAAGAAAAUGAUGUUUUCAAUUCCCAGUCGGCAAAUACAGGAAGAUUCCAAUUAAAACAAUUAUAUUCUUAAUGUCGUAAUCGCGAUUUAAGAAUGUCAUCUUGUGGUUAUUUUUGUAAUUUUGACUAACGAUUUAGUGAUGAAGACCAGGAUGAAAUCCGAAUCCGCUGCGGCGGUUUCCAGCGAAUAAAUCAGCAAAUGUAAAUGACAUCUCAAGUCCCGUUCCUAUUAUGUAAUGGAAAUAGAAAUGUGAAUAUCGCAACGAUUUGUUUCGUGGGGAACUAUGAAGCUUGAGGAAGUUGCGAUACUUCCGUGUCACAAGAAUUCUUCGACCACAGGAACAUUUCCUCCGCCUUAGGGCGUACUUUUCCAUUAGAACUUGCCAGUUUUUGGCUUCGAUUGUGUAAUAAAAGCUCCACCUUUGUGGACAUGGCCGAUAGUUCGAAACGCACUUGCAAAAUAAAGGCGGCUUAAUUUUAUGCAAAUAGGACCCCGCCUCUAGCCGGCCAGAAGAAUUAAGAUCAAGCGGAAUUCUCCAAUUUCCAGUCAAAAGCGAAUUGCCUUCUAACGGUGAGCCGUAGACAAAAAGCAUUUGCAAGAGUCGUUCGGGCUGACCUAGGUCUUGCCAUCAUAUCAUUCCGCAAAAAUGAACAACUACUUCAAGCUCUUCUUCCGGCGGAUAACCAAAGACUUUCGGCAGAAGCAACUUCUGCCCUUGAAGCUGCUAUUUUUCAUGCAUUCGUCUACCGUGCUGGUUCUGUACCCAUAUUUGACCAUCCAUAUGCGCGAGCUUGGGAUAAAUGUUGAAGAGGCAGCGACAAUGUCCGCUGUAGCACCUGUUAUAGCAGUUUUGAUGCCGCCUUUGGCGGGUUUGAUUGCCGACAAGAUUGGCAACUUUAGGGUCUUGUUGGCACUGUUUUCUGCAAUCGGCGGUGCCUCGGCUCUCUUACUCUUACUAGUCCCAGUUGGUAGAAUCACUAUAACUUAUCCUGACAGAGUAGUAUUUGGGAUGUCUUGCAGUUCAGGCAACCCGGUAUCUCUUUCGCUAUAUCAACAACACCCAUGUACACCGAACAAAGCCCCAAAUGCCACCCAACUCCAGCUCGAGUCAUGUGGUUUUGCCUGUCAUGCGAUUCUACAAGACAAUCAGACGAACUCGAUUCUUCAAGCAAGAAGUUACGGUUUACAAAUCUACCACCUGGAGAAAAAUUCCACCCAUGUUUACACGUACACACUAACCGACGAAGACAUACAUGUCCCGGAAGCGUCUUCUGAAACUCUGAAUCAUAAAACUUUGAAAAAUAACGAAAGGUUCCUGACUACUAUUAGACAACUUUCAACAAAUAGCUACUACUUCCCGACUGCUAGUUUGUUUAACUUUUCGUGUGAUGUAGGGACUAACGCGUCUGAAAUUGAGUGCGCUUUUGCGAUUCGGAGCAUGUUUAAUCAAUUCCAAACGAAACUGGGGCGGCAAUUUUCGGCCGUGGUUCAAGCCGUGGAAACAACUACAGAAGAUGAAGACGAGAAUCGUCAAUUCUACGACUUACUGGUAGACAAAACGCGCAAUACGACUUGCACGCAACAUUUCGUCCAACCUGGUCAACACAUUUCUAUCACCAUACCCAUCUAUGGUGAAAAUUCCAGCGAAAUUGUAAAACACCUGGAUUUGGGGAGUUGCGCCCCUAGAUGUUUAAUGACAACAGAAAGAAAAGCUGUGUGUUCGAACGACAACACGGUUAUCGAAAUGGAUAUGCAAGUGACGUUUUGGUCGUACUUGGUGAUUCGCGUUUUUGUGGGAAUCGUCAGUGGUACUUCAUUCGCCAUGUUCGAAGGAGCCGUGAUCGCGAUUUUGAGAGAGCACAAAGCUGAUUAUGGUCUGCAAAGAAUCUAUGCUACUAUUGGCGGAAUGAUUAGUUCGCCUGUGUCAGGUUUAUUGGUGGAUUUUGCCAGUAGAGGCAAAGGUUACACGGAUUUUACGCCGAUCUUCUUUCUUUACGCAGCGCUGAAAAUAGUGAGCGGGGUCUUGAUGCUCUUUAUCAAUUUGGAAUUUAAGAAACCUGCGCAUAGUGUGAUUUCGGACGUUCUUUCGGUACUUAAGAAGGUAGAGCUGCUUUUGUUGUUCGUGGCGUGUUUAGUAUUAGGUUCCGCCUGGGGGUAUAUUGAAAGUUUUUUGUUCUGGUUAUUACAAGAUUUGGGAGGCUCCAAAUCUUUGAUGGGUUUAACAAUCACAGUUGGAGGUCUUGUUGGAAUUCCACUAUUAGUACUGUCCGGACCCAUUAUUAAAAAAAUCGGACAUGCCAAUGUUAUCUUUAUAGGGUUUGCGUUUUAUGCUAUCCGUUUGAUAGGGUAUUCCGUGAUUUACAACCCUUGGUUGUGUUUGGUUUUUGAGGCUAUGGAAUCUAUCACCUUUGGCUUGAGUUUUACAGCUGCCGUGACUUACGCUGCGAAAUUAUCAACGGUGACCACUGAUACAACAAUCCAAGGGUUAUUAGGAGGCUUAUAUUUCGCAGUUGGAAAAGGCAUAGGUAGUUUAAUCGGAGGCUACAUGAUCAAAGCGUACGGAAUACGUUCUACUUUCCAAAAAUUUGCCAUGUUCACCGCCGCUUUUGGUUUAGUAUAUCUUGCCUUCUACCACUUGUAUAUGAAAAAGCGCCCAUCUGCUGGUACCGACAUUACAAAAAAAGACGUUGAGAAACCUCCGCAAGGCUUUGUGGAUGUUGACCUAAAUGUCAAGGCUGGCGUUCGUGAAGUACCAGCUGUGUACGAAGACGCGUUAGCUAAUCCUGCUUUCGAGGAUACGGAAUUCAAUGAAGAAACUCCCGAAGAAAAGAAAGACGACAAAGUUACACACAAUGCAAGUUAAUCAGAUGCAGUAUUGGAGCAUAAUUUAGAGCUAGUCUAGUGUGACAUUUGUUUUGUACUUGACAAGGUUAAACUAGUGAAAAUUUCAAUUGUCCAUAGUGAUUUGGAUGGACUUUCCACUAUUUGUAUGUGCAGCAUAAUUUAAUUAACACUUAGGAAAUCAAAACAUGUGCUGUUAAUACAAGUCGGAGGUUCAAUCUGGUGUUAGAUGGGUUGUUUUUUGCUAAGUAGUGGGAAUUACCAGACAAAAAAAUAUUGUGUUUUACGAGACAACAACCUUCUUGUGGUCUACGAGUAGGUUUCCGAUAAUCGCAGAAUAAACAUAUCAACUGUCUAAUUAUAAACCGAGAAAGUUAUUAACUUUGGUCACAAUUUUACAUAUUUUCCUAUGCAUGAAUAUGCAAAUUUAAAUGAGUUAUGCAACGUUUUAUUAUUUAAUCUUGCAGUAUUGCUACGUUUGAAGACUAACAUGAUUAGUGAUUAAAAUGAUAUAGUGUUUACGGUCUUGGUUUUUUAAAUGAGUAUUUGUGGAUGUUAGCGUGUGGUUUCUUAAGUUUUACAACUGCGGUUUUCAGAUGAUUUUAUAGUUCCUCGAGGUGUAAUUAAAAAGUUUCGUGGAAGACAUAUUAACAUGUUGGUCCCGAACGAACCCUGUUUUGGUUUUCGGACCCUUGUUGCACCAAGUUGAACCGCAUGACCUGUACUUAGUUCCUAAAUUUGCCACCUUCUGAAUGUUCAAUUUCAAUAGCGCAUUUAUUAUUCUUUUAAGUAAUGUAUUUAAUGUUAAUUUAAUAGUAGUUGCGUUAAUCACAUUUGCGUACCCUAGUACAAGACCUGUCAAAGCCCGCUUUGACAGUAACUUGAAGCAGCUCUUAUAUCUGUGAUAUAAUAUUCAAGUAUUUAUGAUAAAUGUUGAAAAUUGUGUUGUAACUAUAAUUUUUAAUAAAACGGACCCAGUA